AUAAUGAAAUACGAAGGAUUUUUGCUAAAUGUCGAAUAAUUGUUCACACGUCACCAAUCACCAAAUUAGGCUCAAAUAUGCGAGUCGAAUCUCAACGCUUCCUUCAAAGAGUCGACUCAAAGAGUCGAUACGUUCGCAAACGACACCUCAGGUUCUUAGACAAUAUGGCGACGCUUAUGCGGUGCAUGAGAAGUGUGUGUACGAAGCUAGAACCAGCUCUGAUGUUAAGACAAUCUACAAAUUUUUCUUCUUCAUCUUUCGAGGAGGACUCAAUGAACCUGAAGUCAGGAGAGAAAAACGUGCAGGAUGAUGAAGGCGCAGAGGGACGCAAGCACGUGUGCUGUCCUUCAGCACUGGAGUCCACGCCGGAGGACAAGCUCAGAAAUGCGGGUCAGAAGCACUGGGACACGACGAGGAAAGUGUCACAGGCACGUCGUGAGACACAAACGAGCACACGACCAACUUCUGCUUUGUCUCCCAAACUCCAUGUGGAAAGUUUGCGCUAUGAGAAAGUGAAGUGUGAUGACAAGAGAGUGAUACGUUUAGUGCAUUUAGCUCGUUCGAAGAAGCUUCGUGAGCAACAAGGCAAAAUCCUCCUGGAAGGAAGACGUCUGAUUUCUGAGGCCCUGGAGGCAGGGGCUUCGCCGCUCACUGUCUUCUUCAGUGCGAUGGAGAGACUGCAGGAGCUUCCUGUAAACAAACUCUCACAAGCCACCUUAGUCAAGGUCAAGCUGGAGGACGUCCAGAUCUGGCCAGAUAUUGACGCCAAAAUCGACAUGAUAGCUGUCUUCAGGCGUCCCGAGGCGUCCCAGAUGUGCUUCCCCGAGGACAAAUGUGGGAAGCCGUUGCCUUUGACGCUUAUCUGUGAUAAUUUGCGGGAUCCGGGGAACCUCGGUGUGACGUUGCGCUGUGCCGCCGCCGCUGGAUGCCACAGUGUGCUCCUCAGUACAGGUUGUGUGGAUGUCUGGGAGCCCAAGGUUCUCUGUGCCGGCCUGGGCGCCCACUUUCUCCUUCCCAUCAUCCCAAAUUUGACCUGGACCAAUAUUCAGACUCUCCUUCCUCCCAACACGAUCGUCCACGUAGCUGACAACUCGGGGGUCUUCCAGGCCGAGCUGGAACUCACAGGAGCAUCUCAGCGGGCGAAAAAAGCCGGAGACUACGGAUGGACGAGCAGCCGGCGUAUCUCCAGGAAAACGUAUUAUGAAGACGAGGAUGAAGAGGAAGAGGUGGGCGGAGCUAGGCAGGAGGUAGGACCGGGUUUAAAGACGCAGCCUUAUCAUACGGACUGGACUGGCAGCCAUGUGGCUGUCGUGAUUGGUGGAGAGACUCACGGGUUGAGCCUGGAAGCCUUGCGGUUGGCUGAGGAGACGAAGGGGCGGAGAUUAUUCAUCCCCAUGGUGCGAGGAGUGGACAGUCUGAAUGCCGCCAUGGCUGCGAGCGUGCUGCUGUUUGAGGGGAGGAGACAACUGAGUGAGAGCUGAAAGGACACGGUUACCAUGGCGACAGUUACAGGAAGGGUUCUAGAAAAGAAAAAGCCACAGAGUUGAAAUCUGGAGUCUGAUUCUUUUGAAGCCGUUGAUCGAUUUCCCAUAUCAGCAGCUCAGACUAAAUAAUACAGCACUAAAUAAUGAUCUGUGAUGAGAAAUAAAGAAUGAGUCAUUAUUUAUCCAUACAGAUUGUAGACCUCCUGUUCCGGAUCAUUCCGGUUUCAGUAAAGUCUUAUCUGCUUUUAUUCCAUUUGUUUGGUUAAAUGAUGCUGAUGUGUUACGACAGGGUGCACGCGAGCUGUCGAUCUCCGUCAUGCCGCCUUCCGUCUCUCAGAUGGCGCUGAUGUUAACGUCACUCGGCACGUCUUUGCAGCGAGCCAAAGUCAGAGCGAUCUUAGUGAUUUGCUUUGAUUUGCAAUUCCAGAGGAGAGACGGAACAUCUGUUUAAAUCUCGGUUCGAAACUGACACGCUUUAAAGUCUUGAAAGUUACAGCUGCGAUAAAGGACUCAAAAUAGUGUGUGUGUGAGUGAGUGUGUGUGUGAGUGAGUGUGUGUGUGAGUGAGUGUGUGUGUGAGUGAGUGUGUGUGUGAGUGAGUGUGUGUGUGUGAGUGUGUGUGUGAGUGAGUGAGAAUGAGUGUGUGUGAGUGAGUGAGUGUGUGUGAGUGUGUGUGUGUGUGUGUGAGUGAGUGUGAGAGUGUGUGAGUGUGAGUGUAAGUGUGUGUGUGAGAGUGUGUGAGUGUGAGUGUGAGAGUGUGUGUGGCACCAAGAAAGACCUUAGGCUUGUAAUCGGUGUGUAUUUUCAGACUUUGAGAUGUUUUAUUAAAGUUUGUUCUGAACAGAAAA